GCUACCCACCAUGGGCAGCAGAGCCGGAUACUCCCGCUACCGCCCACACGACGACGCCACCUCCCUCGAAACCCUCUACCACCUCCGCCACCAAGCCAAAGAAGCCUCGGAAUUUCCUCAGCUUCUCCGACGACGAACGACGAAGAAAACGAAUCCCCAUCUCUGUCCAAUCAUCAUUGUCCUCCCAAAAAAUCAUCGCCGCCAAGGACCGUCUCACGUCCUCCUGCCCCUAUUUCCUCUCCAAUGUCGAACCCCAACCUGGCGCCUCCAAGGCUACACCAAACUUAUAGCUAAACCUGAACCUAGAUCUAGGGUUUUGGAAUUUUGUGUUUUGAAUCUGCGGACUUGAUUGCAUUUAUCUAUUUUGGUUAAUUUUUGUAUUCAGUCGACGUAGUGAAUGAACGAAGAAGGCAAGGAGAUCAAUGGAUGUUCGAUCACUGCUUCUAUUCUCUGCACUUCUUCGAGUCCUUUUAAUUAUAUACGGAGAAUGGCAAGAUGCCCAUAUGGAGGUUAGAUAUACAGAUGUCGAUUACCUUGUCUUUUCUGAUGCUGCUUCUUUAGUGGCAUACGGAAAGUCCCCUUACCAAAGGUCUACCUAUCGCUACUCACCUUUGCUUGCAUUUUUGCUGGUGCCCAACUCAAUUAUUCAUCCUUCAUGGGGAAAAUUUCUAUUCUCUGCUUCAGAUUUACUUGUGGGUUUAUUCAUCCACACCAUUUUGGAGCUACGUAAGGUGCCUGAGAACCUGUGCACUUGUGCUUUAAUGGUAUGGCUCUUCAAUCCAUUUACCUUCAGCAUUGGAACUCGUGGGAACUGUGAGCCCAUUGUUUGUGCCAUGAUUUUGUGGAUCAUUAUCUGUCUAAUGAAUGGCAAGGUGUUACAAGCUGCAUUUUGGUAUGGGCUUGUUGUCCACUUUAGAAUCUAUCCUAUUAUAUAUUCAAUUCCUAUAAUCCUAGUCCUUGAUCCACAUUGCUUCCAGUAUGGAUUGAAACCUGCCCUUUCAAGUUGGGUUGGCCAAGGGAACUCAACCCAAAGUAUACCUAGUACAGCAGUGCCUGAUUCUUGUGGUAUAUGGAUUGCUUUGACUAGCAUGUUUACAAGAGCAAGAAUUAUGUUUGGGCUGAUCUCUGGGGCUGUCUUCUUCGCUUUUACUGGCCUUUUCUUCUAUCUGUAUAGAUGGGAAUUCUUGCAUGAAGCGCUGCUCUACCAUCUUACUCGCACUGACCCCAGACAUAAUUUUUCCAUAUAUUUCUAUCACAUCUAUCUCCACUAUGAACAUGAGUUUUCGGUGGUCGAAAGGCUCAUCUCAUUUUUACCUCAAUUUCUCGUUCAGCUAGUUCUCAUUGUCUGCUUUGCACAGGAUCUCCCAUUCUGUUUCUUUGCCCAGACAGUGGCAUUUGUGGCAUUCAAUAAGGUGAUCACAGCACAGUACUUCGUAUGGUUCUUCUGCCUGUUGCCUUUGAUACUACCAUGGAGCAACAUGAAACUUAAAUGGACAGGGUUGAGUUGCAUCUUGUUCUGGAUGGGAGCUCAAACCCAUUGGUUGAUGUGGGGUUACCUGCUUGAAUUCAAGGGCAAGAAUGUGUUCUUGGAGCUUUGGAUUGCUAGCAUAUUGUUCUUGGCUGCUAAUACUUUUGUCCUGAUCAAGAUUAUCCGCUACCACACAUUCUCCCCAUUGUAUCAAAGGUUAGAGUUUUCAAGUUCUGACAAUGACCUGAGAGAGGGAAAAAAAUCUAAUUAACACAGGGGAAUCUGAAUUGUUGCAGUAGUAGGUAGUAUCAUGGUGUUACUGAUUUUGAUUUGUAAUGUUUAUUAACCUUUCCACUGAAUUUUACAUCUUUGAUAGGCUUUAUGACAGGCAUCAUCUAUCCUGAAUCAUAAUUGUCUUUGUUAAAACAACUUCUGUCCUAUGAAACACUCGUCAGUUGUCACUUCCGA